AUGACCAAUACUGAAGUGGAUGAAGUGGAUCAAGCGGAUCAAAUGAACAACGGCUUCGCUAUUGGUCAAUUCGCUAAAUUGACCAAUAAUGAAGCGGAUCAAGUAUGGCGCUUGCCAUACUGGUCCGUUAAUUCCGGAACUAUUCCAGCACACGGCUCGAACUGUACAGCUGUACUAGAACUGUUCCCGGACUUACGGAUAAGUAUGAAAGCUUGUGGCGUUCUGGCUCAUCGAUUUUAG